AUGGACCCAAAGAUUGAAAUGACACCAAGCGAUGUACACCGUCUGUUGCUUACUCUGGGGGCGGAGUGGAAGGAUUGCUUACGCCGUCGAUGGUGUGGCGGCGAUGAUUGGGAAUCGAGCGUUGAGCACUGUCGCAACGUUCAGCAAGGUUCAGAGGCUUCUCUUACUCGCUCGCUUCAAUUUAUAAUCCUUUAA